CGUUCUGAACAUAAACGCUCUAACGCACAGUCGCUGCUACUUGAUCAACAUGGCCGCAAAGAAAUACAAAGUCAUCUAUUUUGAUUCGCCGGGAAGAGCCGAAGCGACAAGAUUAGCAUUAUCUGCUGCAGGCGUUGACUUCAAUGAUGUACGAUUGACAUCAGAGGAAUGGCAAAAAAUGAAGUCAAGUUCGCCCCAGGGCAAGCUUCCUAUGAUGGAGGUAGAAUUUGCUAAUGGGAAAAAAACUACAUUCUGUCAGAGUGGGGCAAUGAUUCGCUUUGUGGCCCGCGAAAAUGAUCUGUAUGGCUCGACAAAUGAAGAAAGUACCAUGGUGGAUGUAGUGAUGGGCACCCUGGAUGACUUUUUUACCGAACUCAUUAAGUUCUUCUUUGAAAAGGACGAAACAAAGAAGGCGGAACAAAAGGUAAAUCUGGGAAAAACAGUUAUACCAACAUUUGUGAAGUACUUCGAGGAUGUUAAAAAAGACAAAGAUUGGAUGGUUGGAACAAAGAUGACGGUGGCCGAUAUAGCCGUAUUUAGCCUGUUUGAUCAGCUUUCGGUUAUGUUCGAUGAUGAUGACAUGGUCAAGGAGUACCGUAACAGCGCGUCUUUGAAAGGGCUUGCUGAAAAGGUGUUAACUAACAACGGCAUCAAGAAAUGGAUAGAAAAUCGUCCUAAACCAAAGAAAACCUGAGUGCCAUAAUAGUGCCAUAUGAUAGACUGUGUAUUGUAUAACUGUCUUAUGCUCCUCAUUGUAAGCUCACCAGAUUGAUUUAUUUCUAACAUUUAGGUUCGUAAACUUGUUUUCGUUUUAAUAUCUUUGUUUUGUAUUCAUCAAAAUAAAAUUCUAGUUCGACAAUCUAGAAUGAAAUUA